CUGUGGGAUUCGCUGGCCCUGGAGCGCGAGCGGGUCGCUGCAGCGCGAGCUGAGAGGUCGUCCGCUCGGCCUUCGCUGAGCAGCCGCUGCAGGGAGGGCUGCCGCCGGGAGCCGCGUGGGGCCGUGCCGCCUGCUGUGGGGCACCGCUGGGGUGUCACCGGGGUGCAGCCGGGGCGGGUCGGAGCGGCGCGCGCGAGGGGCGCCCAGACUCAUCACACCUGCGCGGGGUCGGCGUCCGGCCGGGCGGCGUGGGCUGAGCAGGGACCCGGCGCGGGUUGCACGGCGCGGGCAGGCCCCGACGGCCGGCUCCUCAGCCCGCAGCCUCGGCGGGAAGAUGUCCCAGGAGAGGCCCACGUUCUACCGGCAGGAGCUGAACAAGACCAUCUGGGAGGUGCCGGAGCGCUAUCAGAACCUGUCCCCGGUGGGCUCGGGCGCCUAUGGCUCGGUGUGCGCUGCUUUUGAUACAAAAACGGGCCUGCGUGUGGCGGUGAAGAAGCUGUCCCGGCCAUUUCAGUCCAUCAUUCACGCCAAACGGACCUACCGGGAGCUGCGGCUGCUGAAACACAUGAAACAUGAGAACGUGAUUGGUCUACUGGAUGUUUUUACACCUGCAAGGUCCCUGGAGGAGUUCAAUGACGUGUACCUGGUGACCCAUCUCAUGGGGGCAGAUCUGAACAACAUCGUGAAGUGUCAGAAGCUCACUGAUGACCACGUACAGUUCCUCAUUUACCAGAUCCUCCGAGGCCUAAAGUACAUACACUCAGCUGACAUAAUCCACAGGGACCUAAAGCCCAGUAACCUCGCCGUGAACGAAGACUGUGAGCUGAAGAUUCUGGACUUUGGACUGGCUCGGCACACUGAUGACGAGAUGACUGGCUACGUGGCCACCAGGUGGUACAGAGCUCCUGAGAUCAUGCUGAACUGGAUGCAUUACAACCAGACAGUGGAUAUCUGGUCCGUGGGGUGCAUCAUGGCUGAGCUGUUGACCGGAAGAACACUAUUCCCUGGUACAGACCAUAUUAACCAGCUUCAGCAGAUUAUGCGUCUGACGGGGACGCCCCCUGCUUAUCUCAUUAACAGGAUGCCAAGCCAUGAGGCAAGAAACUAUAUCCAGUCUUUGGCCCAGAUGCCUAAGAUGAACUUUGCAAACGUAUUUAUUGGUGCCAAUCCCCUGGCUGUCGACCUUCUGGAGAAGAUGCUUGUAUUGGACUCAGAUAAGAGGAUCACAGCAGCCCAAGCCCUUGCUCAUGCCUACUUUGCUCAAUACCACGACCCUGAUGAUGAGCCUGUGGCCGACCCUUAUGACCAGUCCUUUGAAAGCAGGGACCUCCUUAUAGACGAGUGGAAAAGCCUGACCUAUGAUGAAGUCAUCAGCUUUGUGCCACCGCCCCUUGACCAAGAAGAGAUGGAGUCUUGAGCACCUGGUUUCUGUUCUGUCGCUCCCACUUCACUGAGGGGACGGCCUUUUCAUGGAACUCUCCAAGUAUCAUUCAAGUGCCUCUUGCGGAAAGAUCCCUCCGUGGUGGAAGGGGUGUGUGUGUGUGUGUGUGUGUGUCUAUGUGUGAGUGUGCCUGUGUGUCUGCCUGUGGAAGGGUAAGAGCAUAAUGUGAGCUGCAUGCUCUGCCCGGUCUCUUGGAGUCAGUGCAGACAGACAGGAGCCACCAUCUUAGGGAUAUGUUAAAACGCAAAGUAAGAAAUAUUAAAUGUCCCUGAUCCCAGUUAUACUUUUGCGACUUUGGCUUCUCCUGUGGCCUCACCGUGACCACACACCACAGUGGCAUAGAGAGGAGGCUCACACCUGGCUGCUUCAGGUCCGAGGCCGUCCCCCAGCAAUGCACACAGCCAAAGAGGACCAACUGGCUUCUGGGCUCUGGCCUUUGAUUAACAUGUCUUCAGAACUCUACAGGUGUGUUCGAAACUGUAAAUGUGUUUGUGCCUUAAAAGGAGAGAAGGAGAUGUAGAUAGUUAGAAAACUGCAGCUGCUGAAGUUCUGAGCCAGACAAACGGACAGGGCUGUUGGCUGGCUGGUGGGUGAGCCGGAAGAAACUAGGCAGCCUUCAGGGAGGCCAUGGGUGCAUGUAUGUGCAUGUGUGUAUGUGCAGCUGCCCUCCUCUCCCUCCAGGAGCGUGCAGUUUCUGUGCUUAUCCCCCCUCACCUCAGUGCAGAGGUCUCCAGUGCCAGGCACAGGUGCCCACGACUUGCAGGCGGGGCACUUUCUAUGUGCUCUUCAUGUAUAGGGAGUGCAGAUGUGUUUGCACGCAGUGCUGUUUGAGCAUGCACAGCCCUUCGUCCUGUUCUCUUCUGGAAGCUCUGGGCCGGGCAAGUGUGCCUGUGAGACUUCCUGGGCAGUUCUGAUGAAGUAGCUGUGGGCUAGCUACUUCAUCCUCCAGCGCUGCUCCAUCCCCAGCGCUGCUCCAUCCCCAGUGCUGCUCUGUAUUGAACACAAUUCAUUCUUUAGGUGCUCUUAACAUGCAGCCCAUGAAAAUGUGGGGCAGGUGGGCAGAUAGUGCCCUCAUCCUGCCCUCUGAUCUUCAGCCAGCCCUCGGGUAGCAAGAUCGGGGCUUUUCCCAGGAAUGCCCCCACCUUUGGAAAUCAAGCUGUUCUUUUCACUCCCAUUAACCAGCGCUGAGAGAUGCCGAGAAUCAGAAUCAAAGCUCAUCAGGCCUGAAGCUCCUUUCACUGCCUCUUUAAAUAGGAUUGUUAAAAAAGAAAGCCACAUCACAGGAGUCUCCCUGUGGGAAAGGGUCUUCCUUGCAGCUUGACACUGGCAGAGUUUUUGGUCUUGGUGUUGGUUGAGGGGGAGAGAGAAAUUUUGUCUCAGACUUUUGUAUGUUAUAGGAAUCCGUAGAAAAUGUGAUUCCGUCUGAUGGGGAGAAAGGGCAAAUUAUUUUAAUGUUUUGUAUUUUCACCUUUAUAAAGAUGAAAUAUCCUCAGGGGUGGAGAACUGCAUCAUCUUCUGAAUUUCGGGCACUUUGUGCUACGUGAGGACCCACAUAUUUAAGCCUUUUAUGUAAUAAGAGUAUAAAGCCAAUUCCAGUGUUGGCCGUGCAGUGCAAGGUCUUAUAUUUAGGCCAAGGUGCCCCCACUCUCUUAGUGCAGGGACACACGCUCCAGAGGAAUCAUUUGGAGCCCAGGAGGAGGUGGGCAGGUGGCGAACCCUUCUCACCUUCCCCUACGAAGGGACAUGCCUCACCUCCUUCUAUACAUUUUCUCAGCCAGGUCUCGUUAGGAAUGCGAGUGUGAUUUCCUGCAGAAAUACUGCUCUGAUGGCUUUAUCACAAAGGUCUUUGCACACGUGACCAUGUUGUGUUAGGAGGCUGCAUGGUCAGCAGCCUGGACUUUAAGCUGGAGCAGGCGGACGAGCUCCUGGCAUGCCGCACAGUGCUCCCAUCUCCCAGCUUCUUGGAACAGAAGGAUGCAAGAGACUGCUGUUGUAUUUGCAUUCUUGAACUUGGCCGUAGUCAGGUGUGCCAUAGGAUGUCAUAAUACCACUGGUUAAAUAAAGCCUAUUUUUCAAAUUCA